AGCUGGCGACGACCCAUCAGUCAGCCAUCGUUCUCCUCUGCUGACUCGCGGAGGUAAUUGUUAAUCGAGUUUGAAAUAUCAAAGGCUGAACUGAACGCGAUGCUGAAAGAACUGCUCUUGCUAGCGCUAACAGCGCUAUGCAUGUCGGAUGGAUACCAUUUCACUGGCAAGACGGCCGACAUGGAUUUCCUUCACAAACAGAAGAAGAUCUACGAAUUGAUGUUUUUCGUCAAGCAAAACACUCUCACCGACAUGGAAUUCUACGAGAUCGGUCGUAAUUACGAUAUAGAGAGCAACAUUGACAUGUACAAGGACAAGCUGAUCGUACAAGAGUUCUUGUACCUGUACAAACAGGGUAUGCUUAGCCGUAAUGCUAUAUAUUCGCCAUAUUAUGAAGAACACCGUGAGGAGAUGAAACUUCUCUUCAAGCUAUUCUAUUACGCCAAGGACUUCCAGACCUUCUACAAAACUGCCGCUUGGGCGCGUCUUUAUAUCAAUGACGGAGUUUUUACGUCCGCCUUCACGAUCGCUGUCUUCUAUCGUCUCGAUUGCAAGUACAUGAGAUUACCGGCUCCUUACGAGAUCUAUCCCAAUCUCUAUUUCGACAGCAACGUCAUCCAACAGGCCCACGAUAUCAAGAUGACUCGUGGACUCGCUAGUGCCAAUGUGGAUAAUGUCGACAACUACAUGAUUUACGCCAACUACUCAGGACACUUCGUCGAGCCCUAUUUCGACGACGAAUACAAAUUGGAUUACUUCAUAGAAGACUUUGCCUUGAACAGCUUCUACUACUACUUCCGCCAAGUCAUGCCAUUCUGGUUCGACUUUAAAGAUUACGACAUUCCGAAGGACUUUCGUGGCUACUAUUACUACUUCUAUCACAAACAAUUGUUGGGUCGCUAUUAUCUGGAACGUAUCUCCAAUGAUUUGGGUGACAUUGAUGACUUUGAUUGGAACAAACCUUUCUACUCCGGUUACUAUUCGACCUUGAUGUACCACAACGGAGUCAUUAUGCCCCAACGUUCUCGCUACAUGAAUGUGCCGUUCUAUAAAUACAAGUAUCUAAAGGAGAUCGAGGUCCUGGAGUAUCGCAUCAUGAAUGCUAUUGAUCUUGGCUAUGUAUACGACAAGAACGGCAAGCAAGUUAACAUUUACAGCCCCGAAGGUUUCAGCAUCCUAGCAAACCUGAUUGAAGGCAACGUGGAUUCGUGCAACCGACAUUUUUAUGGAAUGUAUGACGCUCUUGCUCGAGACAUUCUCGGUUUCAACUUCGAUUAUAAGGACAAGAAUAAGGUGAUCCCUAGCUCUCUCCAAUGCUACAGCACCAGCAUGAGAGAUCCUGGAUUUUACCGUCUGUACAAGAGGAUCAUGACAUACUUCUUCAGGUACAAGAAACACCUACCAUAUUACACUCAGAACGAAUUAAUCUUCCCUGGUGUUAAGUUCGAAUCUGUCAAUAUCGACAAGUUGAUGACCUACUUCGACACUUGUGACACAUUCAUCAACAACGCCCUUUCCGUGGAGAGCUUCAAGGAGGGACUAAAACUACGUGUGAAGGCUCGUCGUUAUUGUCUCAACUACAAGCCAUUCACUUACCGCUUUAACAUCAAUAGCGACAAAGAGACCAAAGCUGUGUUUAAGAUUUUCCUCGGACCUGCCUUCAAUGAUGUACAUAAUGAGAAGGACAUAUCUUACCUCCAUGAAUACUACAAAUAUUUCAUCGAGAUGGACAAGUUUGUCGUAACACUGAGACAAGGUGCGAACACAAUCGAACGCCGUAGCUCCGAUUCCGUCUAUACUAUGCCUGAUAUGAUAUCCAGCGACGUAUUCUAUAAGAAAUUGGAGAAGGCCGUAGGUGGUAGCGAACCAUUUACUUAUUACGAAAAGCUCUUCGCUUUUCCUGAGCGUUUAACUCUGCCUAAGGGUAAACCUGAGGGUAUGCGAUUUAAAAUGUUCUUCUAUUUGAGUCCAUACGAUGAGACGAAGGUUACGAACGUAGAAUUGCCAGUCUUUGGCAAGUUCAUCCUGGAUGGAAAAUCAUUUGGCUUCCCGCUUGAUAGACCAAUGUAUCCGUGGAAAUUCUUUACACCAAAUAUGUUCUUCAAGGACGUAUAUGUCUAUCACAACGUAGAAAAUGAAAAAUCAAUGCACUUUUACCGGUUAAUCCUUUGCAAAACAAGCACGAGGAUGAAAGCGAUUGCAUUACUUUUGGCUGCAGCGUGCGUAGCUGCCACGCAAGAAUUCACUUACACUGCCGACAAGGCACAUCUGAUCAGACAGAAAAGCAUCUAUGAGCUCUUCUGGCAUGUCGAUCAGCCAACCGUCUACCAUCCGGAACUUUAUCAAAAAGCGCGAUCCUUCAGUCUCGAAGAUAAUAUUGCUUCUUUCACAGAUCAGACGGCAGUGACUGAAUUCCUGCAGAGAUGGAAACACGGAAUGCUCCCACGAGGAGAAAUAUUUAUUGGAAUGCAUCCUCAACAUUACAAAGAAGCAGUUUGUUUUUUCCGUGUUUUAUAUUCCGCCAAAGAUUUUGACACUUUCUACAAUACUGCUGUGUGGGCACGUUUUCACUUGAACGAACAUAUGUACCUGUACGUGUUAAGUGUCACCGUGAUGCAUCGCCCAGAUACCAAACACAUCCGUCUACCCCCACUUUAUGAGAUAAAUCCGCAUUAUUACUUCAAUGAUGACGUUUUGCAUAAGGCUUAUCAUAUCGCGAUGGGCGACUCGCAGACAGGUGUGAAAAAAACGAUUGAUGGUGUAGACUACUAUUACAUUCCUUCCAAUUACACCGGUUGGCAUUUGGUAGGAGACGAAGUGUCGGAACAACAAAAAUUAAGCUACUUUCACGAGGAUGUCGGUUUAAACGCAUUUUACUUUAUGAUGAAUCACGAUUUUCCAUUAUGGAUGAACAGCACUCGGUAUAAUAUGCCCCAACACAUUCGUGGCGAACUAUACAUAUUUGGUCACAGACAAUUGCUCAGUCGCUACUAUUUAGAAAGAUUAUCCAAUGAUAUGGACGAGAUCAUGUACGUCGACGUAAACAAGCCUAUUGUUUCUGGCUACUACCCAAUGAUGCAUCAUUACAAUGGACUAUCAUUCCCAGAGCGUCCUGUUGGUUUUGAGGUUCCUCUUCACGCGCACAAAUAUGUCCAGGCUAUAGAAGAAGCCCAUGCUCGUAUUUCUGACGCCAUCGAUAAAGGCUAUAUCGUUGACGUACACGGCAACCAUAUUGACAUUUACAACAACGUAGACGGUCUUAACUAUCUUGGCAACGUAAUUCAGGGCAAUGCCGAUUCUAUCCAUCCUGACUACUAUGGACAUUUAGGUUAUUUAUAUAGGAAAAUCCUCAGCAUGGGUUCAGUUCAGGUCACCAAAGAUCACACACCAGUUCCUACAGCUCUUAACUUCUUCGUCACCAAUCUGAGAGAUCCAGUAAUCUAUGGAAUCUAUAAGACUAUCGCUACUCACUGGGUGAAAUAUAAGGAACACUUGCCAAGCUACACACACGAGGAACUUGUUUUCCCCGGUGUUACGAUCGAAUCUGUCACCGUUGAUAAGCUGGUGACUUUCUUUGACUAUUUCGAAUCGAUGGUCAACAACGCUGUAUCGGUACGUAGUCACAAAGAGGCUCAAUCUGUGUUGAUCAAGGCACGUCAGUAUCGUCUCAACCAUAAGCCUUUUACCUAUCACAUUACUGUCAACACCAACAAGAAUGUUAAAGCGAUCGUUCGUAUCUUCCUUGGACCUAAAUACGACGUUCACGGCCACGAAUUGGAUUUAAGCGAGAAUUACAUGAACUUCGUGGAGCUAGAUCAAUGGAACGUUGUUUUGAAAGCUGGAAUCAACAAGAUUGAGCGCCAUAGCUACGAGUCCAACUACGUCGUCCAGGAUGAGGUGCCAAGCGAGAUAUUUUACAAGAAGGUGGUGAAAGCUAUCGAGGGUGGCGAGACUAUUACUUAUCCAAGCGAGUUUUACGGUUACCCUGAUCGUUUAGUACUUCCUAAAGGCAAAAAGGAAGGCAUGCCGUUUAAACUCUUUGUGUGUGUGUCGCACUUCGAUGAGGCAAAAGGCAUCGAGGUAGAUUCUCACGUAUGGGGUCCAAACGCGGACCGGACGUGGAAGAUGGAUUUCCGACCGUUGGGAUAUCCACUCGACAGGCCGGUUCACACCUUCAACUUUACGGUACCAAACUUUUAUAUGACGGAUAUCCUGAUUUUCCACAAGCACGUGGAAGAAUUAAAUCUCACUGUAUAA